AUGGAGCAGCGCCGUGCGCUGGCCGUCCGCUCGCCCACCGCGGAGCUGGAGCGCGCGCUGAGGGACACGCUGCACUACUCGCACACCCUGGACGAGGACAUCAUGGAGCAGGUAUUAGUGAAGAGAUCGCCAAGUCUGGACGCGGACGAGCGCCGCGCGCUGGCCGUCCGCUUGCCCACCGCGGAGCUGGAGCGCGCGCUGAGGGACACGCUGCACUACUCGCACACCCUGGACGAGGACAUCAUGGAGCAGAUAUUAUCAGCGAGCAGUGACGAAAGAGAAGACAUUCCAAGACUAGCCUUGAACAGUUCAAAUCGGUCGACGAGUUCGAUCCACUCGUCGUCGUCAGAACGCUUGCAGCGGCUGCGCAGCGACAACGAGAAGUUAGAGCUGCAGGUCAACAACCUCGAGUGCCGGCUCAAGGACAAGGAUGCUCUCAUCACGGAACUCAACAGGGUGCGCGACAAGCUGUCGCAGGAGUGCCAGUCGGCGCGGCUGCGGCUGGAGGCGGAGCGCGACAACUCGGCGCGCCUCACGCUGCUGCUCGACUCGCACAAGGACACCGCCGACACGCUGCAUAAUCAAGACACGAGUAUGAUCGACAUGCUGAAGCGGAGGCUAGAGAGCGCGAUGCAGUCGGAGCUGGAGGUGCAGGAGCGGGAGCAGGCGCUGUCUCGCCGCCUGCGCCAGCUGGAGCGCGCACAGCCGCCCGCCGAGCCGACGGACCGGCUGCGGGAGGAGAUAGAGAGCAGCGAGCGGCUGAGGAGCGAGGUGUCGCUGCUGAAGUGCAGGCUGGACAUGGAGCACCGGCGCAGCAGCGAGCUGCAGGCGCAGCUGGAGCACGUGCGCGGCGCCGCGCAGCGGGACGCGGACGCGCGCACGCAGCUGUGCACGCAGCUGAAGGACGAGCUCGCGGAGCUGAGGAGACUAAAGCACGAGGCCGGCGUAGAGCUGGCGCGGAGCAAGGAGCUAGUGCACACGCAGAGCGCCACCAUCGCGCACUUGGAGAAAAAACUUGGGGCCACGAAGCUCAAGAACAUUGACACAUUUACUGUGAUCGGCAACGAGAAGAGCUCGCUGGCCCGCGAGCUGUCGUCCCUGCGGCGCUGCCUCACAGUGGACAGCCCCGAGGCGCGGGACGCGGACAAGCUGCAGCUGCAGCAGUUGCAGCAGCAGGUGCAGCAGCUGCGGGCGCAGCUCGACGCGCGCGCGCACCAGCUCUCCAGCGACGAGAAGGACCAAGCCAUCCGCUACCUACACGGGCGUUGGUCGCGGCUGGAGAGCUGUCGCAAGGCGCUGGUGUGGCAGAAGCGCUACCUGCAACGCGUGCUGGCCGGCUACUCGGAGCUCGAGCGCAAGCUGCGCCCGCCGCACACGCCGCCAGCGCGCGGCCUCAAGCGGUUCAAAUGCGUGGCGUGGGCGGCGGUGGCGGCGGCGCGCAUGUCGUUCCUGGUGCGGCGCCGCGAGAGCACGCGCGCGCUGGCCGCCAACGCGCUGUUCCGCUCCACCGGCAGCGCGCCCGUGCCCAUAACCCCGUUCCCGUUGACGCCCGCGCCGCGCGAGCUCGGCCCGUCGGCGCGCGCGGCGCCCGUCGCUCGACGACUGCUGAACCUCAAGCUGCCCUCCUCGCCCUCAGGAGACUCCGUGCGCAGGUCACCGUUCAGCGCCAACUCGCCGCACGAAGAACACGUUGCAUUGAGUUCCCCGCGCAGCGAAGCCGCAAUCUCGUACCUGCACCGCCUUGAUGCCGUGACGCGCCGCCUCGCCUCCAGCUCGCGGGACAGCGCGCGGGACAACCCUUGACCCCCUCCCUGUCCCGACUAGCGCGGGACGAGCUCUGCCGGGACACAAACGCUCACGCCAAUGGACAAGACUCCGGGACCACAACCAUUGCGUGUACGAAACGGUCAGAAUAUUGCUCUCUACAUUGAAGAUAUACCACUCCUACUGUAUUCAAAUCUAUACGCCAAGAAAGCAACCAGCAAUUCUACAUUUGCGCGUAAUAAUAUCAUCGCAGAUAGAUCGAUCAGAAUCGUUAGUCUUAUCCAAGAAUUUUGAAUACUCAACUUUUUAAGUUUCAAAGUUCUGAAUGGCAGCAUUUUCAAACGCUAACCUACAACUCUGAACAACAACUCUCCCAAGGUUAAAAUAUCAAUUUUGACCACAAUUUUAAAGUCUACUGUUUGCGACCGCACGGUAUAUGGAACCGUAAAGAAGUUACACCAAAACGAUCAGCAUCAGAUCACAGACAGACAUCACAGACAGAAGUGCCAGCACCUACCUCAAACAUUACAAUCACAAAUGGUGCUAUAAAUAUGAAGAACUCACUUUACGCCCUUGAUUUCAAAUUUAGCGUAAUAUAUUCAUAGUUACAAAAAUGUAGACUUGACCGUUUUAACUGAUGGAUGUAUUGAUCACAGAUGUAAUGAACAAAGUUGCAUUUGCUGACAUGCAUGUUUCAGCAUAUUUGAACCUCAAUAUUAAGGUCUUAAGGUCUAUUUGACAUUUACACAAAUAGAGGCUCGCAAAUUCGCGACUAAAAAUGGAUUUUUAGACGCAAAUGACACCAUUUAAUAAUGUGACACUAAACAUAAAACAGUGCCAUAAUUUUCCAGUGUCUAAUGAUAAAAAAAAAUUAUGACACAAACAUUAACCGUUCUCAUAGAUCAUGUUUGGUUACGGCGUACUAUAUCACAAGUCUCAGUCUAGGACCCAAUCCACUUGAGACAGGAACUGGUUCUACUAAAUGAGUUCCACAAAUCAUGACAACAAGCUCGCAGUUACGCAAGUUAGUUACAUCCCAACGCAUUUCCUCACGUUUAGGUUUAAGUUAGAUUAGUGCCAAAUUCAGAAUGUAUUAUGUUUAGGCGCUGAUCGGUCGAACUAACGCCAAAUCAUUAAACUUGAUCACAUUGCCCUUGAUUAUUCUACAAAUUCUGCGCUUAUUAGCUCAAAUCUUAGGCAAUUGUGGGAGACGGGAAAAGCAUGCGCAUAAUAUUGGCUAAAGUCAUACCACGGCUAAGUACCCCGGGAAUACCAUAGUAUUUUCUUAGUUGAUACGACUUAACUAAUCUUACUUUAUUGACAUCAUUUACGAUCCCAGCUCACUUCAAAACUAAAACCCGUCAAUAAGAAUUAACAGUUAAAAUAUUUGGUUUUAUAGUCAAUAUUUGGGAAUGUAGUUUGACUUUAAAUAUUAUGGUAAUGUGUAUAGACAAGCCUUUAGUGUGUAAAAUGAGCUAUAACGCUCUAGCAGUCCAUACACAGACGUGCUUGGUCUGUCAUCUAAAUACUACAUUCAAAUAUAAAUGGACUUACCAAAAUAGAUUGACAUUAACACUUAACAAUAUGGUUGUGAACAAAAUAAUGUGAUAACUUUGUAUAAAUUUGGUGUUGGUUCGCCCGAAUCCGGGCCAUUGUGUUACUUAAUUUAUUUAUUAUUUAGUUUAGGGUGAAAGGGUGAUACCCCUAACGCUUUAAGUACCGAGUGGGCUAUGAGAGACUACCUGCUGACCUGACGUCCGAUGUUGCCUUAGUACACUUAACUGUAAAUAUGAUGGCAAUAAAAUAUAAAUUAUAUAUCUCGUCGAUAAAGAAAUGUUAAAAAUGGCGUCAAUUAAUUCUUAAUUUUGAUUUGCAACGUUUUUAAUGUAAGACAUGAAUAUGCAAUAAUUUUAAAUCUAAAUAUAUGAAAGCGAAAGGUCUCAUCACUAAAUGUCAAAAACUGCUUGAUUUACAAAGAUAAAAUUUGACAAAUAUGUUAUAAUUGAAAUAAACUAUUCAGUAUUAUUUGCAAAGAUCUCUAUUAAAAGUAUUGCUUCGUUUAUAAAUGUGCACUAUAUUUUUGAGAUCUCUCUUUAUGAACUAAACUUUUUUUUACAAAUUAUAAUUAAAUACCCUCCCUCUUAUGAAUUGGAUCUGUUGUAACACUCUAAUAUGUUAGUAUUUAUUUGUAAAAAUUAUGUUUUAGGUAAAAUAACUAUUAAGUAUGUCCUAAAACAAACCAUAAAAUGUUAAGAACGCCUUUUUAAUUUCUUUAUCGACGCAAGAAAUUUAAUUAGUAUAACUAGCAUUAGUUUUUAGAAAAUAACGUAAAAUUAUACAGUGGAUACAAAGAGAAAAAUUACCUUUGUAUCAAAAUAUAUCUUACCUAGGAAACUUCUUGUAAGCACAAAACCUUGCCAUAUCCUUUAACUUUAGUUCGUAUGUUUGUUUGUAAAUUUAUAUAUAUAUUUGUUAGGCACGACAGUACAAGCUAGGGUAAGUUAGUGACGGACCAAGAGACAGUGGACGCUACACUUACAUUAUAGAGCAAGUACUCUUUCAUGUAUUGCCUAAUGUCUUGGUAUCAAAAGUAAACAGUUAUAAGUAUUAUCUGUGAACACGAAAGUUACUCGGUAUUAGGUAGUAUACGAGCUAGGUUAAAAAUAUAUAUUAGUAAUUAUAAUAUAGGUUUAGCGACCGCUGGCUCUGGGACUAUUAGUUUAGGACGAUGCGAAAGUAGCGACCGAACAUUCUCGAACGUUCCGACCUUCGGGGCCAUUCGACUUUUAAGAUAAGGAUAGAAGAUAAAUUAUUGUAUAUGCUAGAAAGAGAUGACCUGUUUUUUAUACUAUUAUUAAGGUUAUGUUUUACUUUAUGAUUUCGUUUAUAUGGCUCCGAUUUUUUUCAUUAUUUUUAAGAAGGACAUUUAAUUUUAUAUAUGUAUUUUUUCUGUACAACGGUUGUUAUUAUUAACGAUUUGUACUACGUUAACACAUUUUACACAAAAGUACCUUAAUUUUUUUAAAACCCUUUUGAUUGAUGUUGUGUUGUGAAUGUUUUAUAUAAGAUUUUUAGCGCUACUUGAAAAAAUGUGCAUUUUUAAUACAAUAUUGUGACAUGGAUAUCGUUUUUAAAUCUGUCAAUUUAUUUUACUUGGCAACACAUAAAUAAACAGUGUUUGUGAAUUACGAUUCGUGUAAUGUAUAUGAAGCAAACGAGACCCUGCAUCAAAUGUAAAAAUGACGUCUUGCACAUUUAUAGACAAUGUAAAAUCAGUUGUUACACGGUCUCCUUCUAUGUGCAUUUAUGCACCGCGUCAGUCGCAACUAAAUCGCGGCCAACGCAACUGUAACAAUAUCAAAUCAAGUUGGUAUAUUUAUUCCAUAAAAAUAUUGCCAACGGAUCAAAAAUAUCAUUAAUUUUUUUUCAGUCCAUUUCAAAGUAGACUUGGUUAUUUUUGAUUUUUUUUUAUUCCGCGCCAAACAUCGCAUCGCUCUGAUGUUGCAUCAUGGCAAAAUGCGUAGGUAUAAAAGUCCGCUAAGAUCAUCGAUCUCCUAUUAAAAAGUGAAUGCACAAUCAGCGACCAAAAAACGUCCCCACUCAAUGAGUGCCAAACAUAACUUCUUGGCACUCAAUUCUAAUAGUCGCAUUUGCAAAUUCAACCUUAAACUCAAUAGUUAAGGUUGAAUUAGCGCUAAAUUUGGGAUUUUAUUGAAUAUUGGACUAUAUUUAAAGGCCUUUAGAUAUAAUUUUCUUUACCAAUAAUUUUAAAACUGUCAAAGCAAAAUUGGCCAGUUUUUUAGUGAAAUUUUCUACAUGAUUGUGCGUCCUUUCAUUAUAAGAGGUCAAUGAUCGAGAUACAUUUACAUUAGUUUCGUUAAUAAUAUCAAUCGUUACAACUGGACAACGAUAGACAAUACUUAGUGAAGCCAAAGCUAACGAGAGUAUUACGCUGUGUCGACUGACUCGCGAUGUAUUUAUCGUCUGACUUUAGAAUUUCUUUGACAUUUUAGGGCAUGGACACACUGGCGACAAUUGUGUCGCACUCGCUUGCGACUACUGACUUGAAUAAACGAGUAAUUUAAAUUAAUAAAAAAAACUUCUCUGUACUACUAAACUUAUUUUUAUUAGUUUUCAUGUUUUUUUUUGCAAGAUCUUGUAAUAGCAUUUUUUUUUUAUAAAAUAUCAGUACCACAAUUUGUUAUACAAUUAAAAUUAAGGGUCAGAAUAGAAUUCUGUUUGACUACAAAUUAAAACCGUCAAAUCUUUCUAUAAACUAAUCUUAGAUAAUGAUUAUUUAAACGUUCAACUUGGAAUUCUCUAUUAAUUCAUUACUUUCUUUGUGAAAUUUUCUUGUUAAAUGCUUAUUUGCAGUUAUCCAUUUACAGUGGUUAUAUGACUGAUUCCUGUCACACUUUAAAGCUGCUUUAAUAAUAUUUCUUUUAUAUUUUGUAUGUAUUAACCGACUUCAAAAAAAAGGAGGAGGUUCUCAAUGUUUUUUUUUUAAUGUUUGUUACCUCAUAACUUCGUCAUUUCUUAACCGAUUUUCAAAAUUAUUUUUUGUUUUUAUAAAUGAAGUGUGUGCGACAUUGAUCACGUCGCCAGUGUGCUUCAAGCGUAUAGUUAAUGAAUCCACCGCUCUGACUAUCUACACUCAAUGUGACCAAAGAUUUGAAUAAGAUAGAAUUAGUUCAAAAUUUAUUGUUAAGUUUUAUUAUUUAAGUAACACACUCCCAUCGAUUAUGCUGUAUCUAUGUAUUCACGACAAAAUUUGUACAAAAAACAAGUAAAAUAUUAACAAACAUCACAUUAUAUAUCUAGUCACAAAAACAUUAAACUGCACCCGUAUUAGCUGUAGAACCAAAGUUACAUACAUAGUAGAAUUAAAAUUACAGUUUUUUACAGGUAUAUAACUAGUAUUGACUGGUUGGCAAUAUAUUGGCCUUUUUAUAUUUUUUUUAAUAAAACUGUUUUUUUAUGAUGAGGUCUUUACUUGUAAAUUGAAGAAUGUCAUGAAUUCCAUUUUUAAUCUCUGCUUUUUACCUACUUGUAAUAAUUUAAUUGUAGGAAAACUUUAACAUUUAAAUCAAACAGGAAAAUAAAUGGAGAUGUUAUUUUUAUUUGAACCGAUUUCCAAAAAGAAAUUUAUAUUACCCUCAAUUUUAAAAAUUUUCAAAACUGUUGUUUGAAGCCAAAUUAUAGUUCAAUUAUGUUGUUAUAAUUAGUGGUCUACAGCUAGACGGGUUCGCAUCCCACUGGUGCCAUAAAGGUUGGAGAACACAAAACAUUCUAAAGUUGAUGAGAAUAAACGACUAUUUUGUA